UGUCAUCGUUCUCCCGCUUGUCUAGUGAAGUAGCUGCCUCGGGCUCGGGUGGAGUUGGCGCGCGAGGGACCCGGCUGGAGCUCGGGCGGGAGAGGGGCCGGGUGAGCCACGCGCCGCGUCCUAACGAGAGCCACGUGCCGCCGCUGUAGCGAAGGAAGCCCGGGGUGCGAGGGAAAGCGCCCGAAGGCGAAGACCUCGGGCUGGGCGAGCGGGAGGAGGGGCAGCGGGUUCACGCGGGGCCGCGGCCCCUUCCACAUCCACGUGCUUUUUGGCGGUGUUAUGGAGCUGGAGGAGAGCGGCAUCCGCGAGGAGUGCGGCGUGUUUGGCUGCAUCGCGUCGGGAGAGUGGCCCACGCAACUGGAUGUGCCCCAUGUGAUCACCCUAGGGCUCGUGGGACUUCAGCACCGGGGUCAGGAGAGUGCUGGAAUUGUGACAAGUGAUGGAUGUGGUUUAAUGCCAACAAUUCGAACCCAUAAGGGAAUGGGUCUUGUAAACCAUGUAUUUACUGAAGAUAAUUUGAAGAAGCUGUAUGUUUCAAACCUUGGAAUUGGUCACACAAGGUAUGCCACCACAGGGAACUGUGAACUAGAGAAUUGUCAACCCUUUGUUGUUGAAACACUCCAUGGGAAGAUCGCUGUGGCACAUAAUGGAGAAUUAAUAAACUCUGUCCAUCUGAGGAGAAAGCUUCUGCGUCAUGGUGUCGGACUGUCAACAGGUUCUGACAGUGAAAUGAUCACCCAGUUGCUGGCAUACACACCUCCACAUGAAAGAGAUGAUAGCCCUGACUGGGUAGCAAGGAUUAAAAAUUUAAUGAAGGAAGCCCCUACAUCAUACUCAUUACUUAUUAUGCACAGAGAUGUCAUUUAUGCAGUAAGAGAUCCUUAUGGAAAUCGUCCUCUGUGUAUUGGACGUCUUAUUCCUGUAUCUGAUAUAAAUGGAAGAGGAAGAAAUAAUUCUGAAACUGAAGGAUGGGUGGUAUCAUCUGAAUCCUGCAGUUUUUUAUCUAUUGGUGCAGUGUAUUAUCGUGAAAUUUUGCCAGGAGAAAUUGUGAAAAUAUCCAGGCAUAAUGUUCAGACUCUUGAUACUGUACCAAGAUCUGGAGGAGAUCCAGUGGCUUUCUGUAUCUUUGAAUAUGUUUAUUUUGCAAGACCGGAUAGUAUAUUUGAAGGUCAGAUGGUAUAUACAGUUAGACAUCGUUGCGGUCAGCAGCUGGCAAUUGAAGCGCCUGUGGAUGCAGACUUGGUUAGCACUGUUCCUGAAUCAGCCACACCGGCAGCCCUUGGUUAUGCAGGAAAGUGUGGUCUUCCAUAUGUAGAAGUACUUUGUAAAAAUCGAUAUGUAGGUAGAACCUUCAUUCAGCCAAAUAUGAGAUUAAGGCAGCUAGGUGUGGCAAAAAAAUUUGGAGUCCUUUCUGAUAAUUUUAAAGGCAAACGGAUUGUUCUGAUAGAUGAUUCCAUUGUAAGAGGCAAUACCAUUUCACCCAUAAUUAAGUUGCUCAAAGAAUCUGGAGCAAAAGAGGUUCAUAUUCGAGUAGCUUCACCACCAAUAAGAUUCCCAUGCUACAUGGGAAUAAAUAUUCCUACAAAAGAAGAGCUUAUUGCUAAUAGACCUGAAUUUGAUGAUCUUGCAAAAUACAUAGGGGCUAACAGUGUUGUAUAUCUGUCCGUGGAAGGUUUAAUAUCAUCUGUGCAAGAAGGGAUGAAAUUGAAGAAGCAGAAAAUAGAGGAGCAGGAAAAUAUAAUUCAAGAAAAUGGAAAUGGUCUGAAAUACUUUGAAAGGGAUGGGCAUUGUACAGCAUGUCUCACUGGAGACUAUCCUGUAAAGUUGGAAUGGUGAAUGUGCCAUGGGAUGGUGGGUGGGAAGAGGGAAUUAUAUUUUAUAUGUGAUAUAAAAUUGAACUUAAAUCAAAAAUUAUGAAUCAAGUUAUGCCUUAUGAGUGAUUGUUACUAAAAGUAUUCUUUAACACUUCAAAUCCUGUGACAUGCUUUUAUUUGCCUUUGUAAUUUUGUUGUUUAUUUGGUUUUUUAUAAGAUGUGAAAACCAAAGUGUUUUUAUUUUCCGAAUUUCCUAGCUUAAACUACUCGAGUAAUAUUAUCUAGGAAUGUUGGGUAUUGCUUUCAGCUUUAUUAAAUAGCUCAAUAAAACUCUUAGGGCACUGUUAAUAGUUAAUGGGAUUAUGCACAUUUUAUUUCAAACCAUUAAAUGGGAACACUGAGGACAAAAUUUAAGUUUGUGCUAUGAGGGGAUUUCAGUUACCAUACUUGCCCAAAAAAUUCUCAUGGAAUUUUAAACUAUUUUUAUUUAAGGAAUAAAUUACCUCAUUUUAUUUCAGAAUGCUUUCAUAAUUGAACUUUCUUCAAAAUCAGUGGCUUAGCAUAGCAUUAUGGGAGGGGGGAGUCCUUUUUCAUAUGCUGCAUUGGUAUAUGUACUAUAUACCAAUUUCACUGUAUUAGAAGGUAGGUGACUUGAGUAAUUGGUCAUAACUUCAAGAACAUCCCUCAAAAGAUUAGAUUGAAGGGUCCAUGGUGACUUGUACAAUAGAGACAUUCUG